AUGCCAAAGGCGGGCCGAGUCAUUGUACACGGGUUUUGCGAUGCGUCCGAAAACGCAUACGGUGCUUGCAUUUACAUACAAUGGAAAGGCGAUACUUCCGACGAAAUAUCGGUUGGCUUAUUAUGUUCCAAGGCAAAGGUUGCUCCCCUGAAAAAGCAAUCUAUACCGCGAUUAGAGCUAUGCAGUGCUUUGUUAUUAUCAAAAUUAAUUGUCAACGUGAAACAAGCCAUACAGGUAAAGGUAGUUGAAACACACGCUUGGUGUGACUCGAUGGUCGUGCUAUAUUGGAUACGUGGAGAUGCUUCGCGUUGGAAAUCCUUCGUCUCCAACCGCGUAACCGAAAUUGUCGACAACCUGCCUGCCGCCAAUUGGAGGCACGUCAAGAGUGCCGAGAACCCAGCAGACUUGCUAUCAAGAGGCGCCACACCUGUCAAGAUAAGAGACAAUCGGCUAUGGUGGUACGGACCAAAAUGGUUAUCAGAAUCACUGCGUCCAGCGCACGGCGAAGAACUCCAUCCAAACGUUCUUGAAAGCGAUAUGGCUGAUGCUGAAAUCGAGGCGAAGGGUAGGUCUCGUCUGUGCCAUUUAAAUGUACAGCAAUUUUCUCCGAAUGAAUCGCUUCACAGGCUCAUUCAAGAUUGUUCAACAUUGACAAAAAUAGAACGAUCGCUCGCUUAUUGCCUUCGUUUCCUCCACAACUGUCGUAAGGAACCACGCGACAGAUUACGGACUAGACUAACUUUGCAAGAAAUAAAUGAAUCCCGACGAAUGAUAAUCAAGUACACUCAGAGUUUUUAUUUCCAAGAGGAAUUGGGAAAUUUGCAAGGCCAAGGACAGAUGAAAGCCUCAAACAAGCUAUAUCAGUUACAUCCGUUCCUGGACGAAAACGGUAUUUUACGAGUGGGUGGUCGUCUUCAAGAGGCGCCCUGGACCUUCGAAAGGAAAUAUCCUAUUUUGCUGCCUGCAAAAUGCAAGAUUACUCGUUUAAUCGUGGAAAGAGCACACCGCUUAUUACUACACGCAAAUCAGCAAUUAUUGUUGGCAUCAAUACGACAGCAAUACUGGCCAUUAAACGCCAGGAACAUAGUUCGUCAAGUUUGCCGGACAUGCGUUUGGUGCGUCAGAAACAAUCCUAAAGGGCUUACGCAAGCCAUGGGACAUCUGCCCAGCGACAGGAUCAUCGCGUGCAUUCUCUGUAACCGGAAUCGACUACGCUGGUCCCAUUAUCACUCUACUCAACAAAGGUCGAGGCAGAAAAACAUGCAAAUCGUAUGUGGCUUUGUUCGUUUGCUUCGCCACAAAGGCGAUACAUUUGGAGGUACCAAUGAUACGUUGCUAGAAUUGGGUAUUGAAUGGAGCUUCAUUCCACCAUAUUCUCCGCACUUAGGAGGCCUCUGGGAAGCCGGAGUCAAAGCAUGCAAAUAUCAUUUGAAACGAGUAAUGGGCAACAAUCUGCUCACGUUCGAGGAGCUAUCCACUGUUUUAAUCCAGAUUGAAGCUUGUCUAAAUUCCCGGCCAUUAGCCCCGCUGUCCGCGGAUCCUUUGGACCUCCAACCAUUAACCCCAAGUCACUUUCUCACGGGCGCGCCAUUGACAAGCAUACCAGAAGUUGAUUUGUCGAACGUUCGAAUCAAUCGUCUCGAUCGAUGGGAAGCAGUACAGCGCACGGUUCAAGAUUUUUGGAAACGGAAUUCCACGCUGUCCGUAGAGCUUGUCGGAAAUGGAGUUUCUCUAGGAGAAACUGGGAUCGAGAUAACGGAUGAAUCAGAUGUGGAUGGCGGGGUAUCUGAGAAGAUUUGCAAAGUUAAGGCGUUUGAAAACGUGGGGGAAUCAGGUAUUGAGACAGGAGAUGGAGAAGAGAAUGCGGUGGACCCGUUGGUACCGGCGGAGCUUGUGAUGAUGAAAAUGGUGGAUGAACGUCCUCAACAGGGUCUGCUGGAUUCUGAGAGUUGUUCGCAUUCUCUAGAUAUUUCGCGUAUGCCUCAUCCAGAAAUCUACGCGCUUUCAAAUAAGCUCGACUCCGAAGUCAACUUCUGUACGGGCGGUUUGGUUCUUGAAUGUGGCACUAUAUUUGUCAGAUACGUUAAAUUGAGGUUCGCGGAGAAUAUAAAAGAAAAAGGGGACUUACUGUUCUGGUGGCUUUGUCUCCUGAUUGUUUGGUGGCCUUGUCUUCUUGAAAUGAUUGUCAGCCCGAUCUCAGUGGGACUCAGUGAGGAUCUUUAA